AUGCUGUUCGCGUUAUUUGUUGUUUUACUUCUUACAAUAGUAGAGUCAAUUUCGUCUUUCAAUCACAUCAAGGUUACUGAGAAUAAUCACUUCGAUAAUAGCGGUAACUCGAAGAGUACCCUGUCUGACUUGUGUCAGAUAUGUCAAACAGCAGUCAAUUAUAUUCUAUCAGCUUUAGUAGAAUAUUUUCAAGUUCAUAAAAUUGAUGAUUACAUUGAAACAUUUUGCAAAAUAGCUGGAAGUUCUAAUGUAUCAUGCUCAGCUUUACUGGCAGAAUAUGUUUCAAAUGCUGCUGAAUUGAUUAAUUCCACAAACCCGAUUACACCAUGCCGAGCUCUGGAUAUGUGUUAA